UUUGGGUAUUUUCCACUUUCAUCUGACCCAAAAAUGAGCCCAACUUCCUCUACCAGAGAAAACAAACGGAGGAACAAGAAAAGCUUCUCCUCGCCAAGCCGGACCCGACCCGCCACCCCAACUGGAUCAUUCUCCCCUCCACCUUCUGCAACUUCACUUGUCGAUCGAGAACUCUUAACGGAAGAGCUCUCACAGUUCGAAGCCCUGCGAAUCUCGCCCGAGAACCCGAACCCGAGGAGCUUCCCCUACAGCGUGAAGCAGCAAUGCUGGGAGAAGGCCGAGAAAAUCAAGGGGCGUGACCCGGAUAGGUGGCGCCGGGACCCGUUGGGUAACAUUGUCUUCAGGAAGCUUGUGGGUUGCCCCGGUUGCCUCUGCCAUGACUAUGACCACAUUAUCCCUUACUCUAAGGGAGGGAAAAGCACAUUAGAGAAUUGUCAAGUAUUGCAGGCAACUGUUAAUCGAUCCAAGGGAAACCGAACCGAGAUGUCAAAAAGCGAUCUUAUUCAGAAAAGUGCUUACUGCCGCGUUUCUGGUCGUGAUAUGGACCUUCUUGAGUUGUCGGCCUAUGGUAACGUUCGUCGUGCCCAAGAUUCCGGCGGAUGUAAAAUUCAAUAGUUAGUUUAUUAGCCUCCAUUAGGGCAUUGGUUCCCGAAACGUUUUGCUCCAAUCAAGUCUGGGAGGCCCUGCUCAGUCAUAUAGUGUCAUAUUUGCUUAGACAUGUGAUUGGUGUCAGUUUCAUUAAACUGUAAACUAAUAAUAUGACAAAUGUAAUGUAACUAGAAUUUCUUGUGAUAUGAUCAGACAGAGAAAAAAUUCACAUACUGAUCA